AUGAGCGGCAAGCGCUCUCUUCCGCUCUUACAAAACCCUCGACCUAAGAGCACAUCGAAUUUGACCGUGAGCAAAGCGCCACCAAACGCUGUGGAAGUCGUGAACCAUCCCCACAACUCGAAGCUGGAGGUAAAGGAAGGGGAGGAUGUUGUCCUUGAGUGUCAGGCGAAGAACGCCAAGCCUGCUGCAAAGGUUGUCUGGUUUCGCGGGAACCAGGAGAUGACAGGAGAUAGAGUUGGCAGUGAAGAAAUAAGAGAAGUGGACAGCCCAAGCGGAAACCCCAAAUCUAUGAGAUAUACUACAAUAUCUAGGGUCCACUUCAAAGCUACUUCAGAAGAUGACUACGCAGACUUCACAUGUGAGGCGAGACAGGAGGCAUUGCAUCGAGACUCGCCUAUGAGGAGUACUAUACAACUCAGCGUGCUUUAUCCUCCUGGCGCCCCCUAUAUAGAAGGCUACGCGGAAGGCGAGACCGUGAGACGUGGACAAAGCCUUGAGCUGGUCUGCAGAAGUCGAGGCGGUAACCCACCAGCUCAGCUAAUCUGGUAUAAAAAUGGCGAACAAAUCAGAAUGGCUUACAGAUACGACUUAGAGCCCCUACAAGAAAAGAUCGUACCACCCUUAAAGGCUGGCAACACACCUGAAUCCCUUCCAACGUUGCAGGUUAUAUUCAUCACCUAG